CCGUUUCCUCCUCCUGUCCAGUCAGUGUGACCCCAGCAUCCCUGCCGACACGACGAGCGCACUGCAUAGACCACAGCACCGCGGCAUUUUUCUUUUAAUCUACAUUUAAAUGUCACACUGGAACAUCGAAUUUUCAUUUGAAUCGGCCGAGCGAGCGUCUAUGCAAAUGAACUAACCUUAACGGCGUACGUGCGACUUCAACUGCACACUGGCUGGAACCGCGCGGUGUAAGCCACACGGGACACCGUAUGAACAUCAACGCUACACUGGCCACAUUCGCACCCUCCACCGUCUCUAUGGAAACCAAGUACCACCAGGCAUCAUUGGGCUCUCUGGUUUGUACCCAAGACGAGGAGCCGAUGAGCUGCCAGACCCCGUGCCCUGUUACAUACCAGCCGGGGACCACUGGGGUCGGAUCGGACUCCUUCCCAUGUCUGCGCCCCCUCACUUUCCCCCAGAAGUCCAAUGAGGAGGCGCGGCGCUCGGGAGAGGUCACCGUUAUGGUCAAGGAGAAAGCUGAGAGUGCCGAUAGGAUUUGUUCUUCCCCAAACGAUGCUUCUACCUUCAAACCCAUUCUCUCAUCUCCUCCUCGCCGGCAUCAUUCUCUCCCUCAUUCUCACCAUCCACAUGUGGGCCGCACCCGGAUGGGCAGCCGCUCCAGCUCCAUCGCCUACACAGCGUUCUCCCCACGGCCCUCUAUUUCACGCCACUCCAGUAUCGCCACCAACCCCCCGAUGGACCGCUCCAAACCCAAAGACUACCUCAUCCUCGCCAUCAUCGCCUGCUUCUGCCCUGUCUGGCCAGUCAACAUUGUGGGAUUUGUUUACUCCAUCAUGUCGCGGAACAGUCUGGAGCAGGGGAACAUAGACGGAGCGAGACGACUGGGUCGCGUGGCCAAGCUGCUGUCUGUGGUCUCUCUGGUGGGAGGAGCUGUCAUCAUCGUAGCAUGCGCCGUGAAUCUGUCAAUUAAUGUCAAAUCCUGAGUGCAUCGAGUGUGCCACAGAAUCCAGCUUCACAUCAGACCACUGACCCGAACACCACGGCCCAUUUGUUUUGCCCCACUGCUGCUGUGACGGCAAUCACAACAUAGAGAGCAAUCGAUAAGCGGAUGACUUUGCUCUCUGAAAGAAACCUUGGUAAUCUGCAACAUCCUUCAAACAGAUGGAGCAAGAUGCUUCGCUGAAGUCUCACACAUCAAUGAGAAAAGAGUAAAAGAGUUUUACUCUUGCGUUCGUUCCUUGGCACUUGCUCCGAGGCUGUUGGAGUCUCUCACACCUAAACAUGAACAACUGUGGCUCACGCUCUGUAAAGACUGGCUGCACUCACACGCUGUCAUUGAGGAGAAGUGUUUUUCCUUCUCCAGAAGCAGAAAACAAGCCAAACCAAAAUACAGACAUAGGUUUGUCAGAUUAUUCCUCCCAAUGAGAAUCACACGCCAAAUGUUCUGAAGAUUGUCACAUGUGAUGAAGUGGAUCUCCUCAGUCGUGAGUCGUGAUCACGUCCUUAUAAUAGAGACACACUUGAUUUACUACGUCGACAACAUUUGUUCUGUUUUUUCAAAACCUCUGAGAACCGUUUGUGAGUAAAGAGGAGAGAUAUCUUAGUAACAAGUUAGCUUUUUUAUUUUCAUGUCC